AUGGAGGUCCUAGUCCGCCUUGUUUCAGAAUGCUUGCGAAAUAAGAGGUACUUUGUCAUUAUCGACAAUAUAUGGGAAGCAUCAGAUUGGGAAGAAAUCAAGGGCACAUUUCCUAACAAUGAUCUUGAUAGCCGAAUAUUGAUUACAACACGCUGUACAAGUAUAGCAUGGGCAUGUUGCUCCGAUUCUUAUGAUAGCCUUGUGCAUGAGAUGAAACCUCUAAGUGAAGUGGAUUCGGAAAGGCUGCUUCUAGCAAAAGCCGUUGGUUCUGCAGAUGGUUGCCUGCCAAAUAAUAUGAAGCUGCUUUGUGAUGAAAUAUUGAGGAAAUGUGAUGGUAUACCGUUGUUUAUAAUUGGUAUGGCAGACUGGCUGAAGGAACAACGACUGCAGAAGCUCCACCAACGAAAGGAUGAGGACGACGAGCAUCAAGGAUUUGCAAUGCAUUACGAGGAACAAGUCCCCCGGCUACCAGCAUGGUUAGAACAAGCAAUGUCAUCUGCUUUUAAUAAUGACGUCCCUAACGAUGACAUGAGCUAA